AUGCUGGAAGAGGAGGAUGUUUACAGCCCCACAAAACCAGUCUUGUCAACAGCUCCAGAUCGGCAUGAUAUUUAUCAUAUUAAAAUGCCUACUGGAGAGAGUAACUCAAAAAGAGCUAAAAAUAUUUUGGAAGUGCAUAAUAAUUUGAGAGAACAAGGUGUGACAGGCGUUCGCCGUUCUGGAAUGGAAUUACAUUCGGUCUCUUCUCAUUCCAAACCAAUACAAAAGCAAUCGCCACUGAAACCGAAGCCUACGGCUGCUCUUGUUGUUCAGGACACAGAUAUUACUUCUUCAACGGCAGCAGGUUGGCUUCCAACACGUUCCUUACGUAGUGAUGCGAUCUCCACAAAAACUAUGGUCGUGAAAGAUGCUUCAAGUACAUUGGUUGGACGUGGAAUAAGUGGAAUGGUUGCAAAUCGAACAACCCCUUCAAAAUUAACUGGGAAUAAAAUUCCAGUCCGAGUGAAUUUGGGCGAUGAAAUUGCAGCAGCUUUGAGGGCGCCAUUGCGCAGUCCAAUUAAAAGAACAACUGUCCGUUAUGAGGAGGAUGAUGGAAUGUUUGAUAUUGGAGGUUUAUUUUUUAUUAUUUAA